GUUGAGUAAUUAAAUUUGUUUCCUUCAAAGACACAAAAGGAAAAAAGAAAUAAAAUUGUGAUUUUAAAUUUCUAUUUUAUAAAGUUAAACUUUUUUAGUAUAUGAGAAAGGAUAGAAAAAUGUUCACUAAUUAAAUUUCUUUGUUUCAAACACAAAAAAAAAAAAAAAAAAAGGAAAAGAAAUUCUCAUUUGGAAAACAGUGAGGUGAAGUCGGACAAACCCUCACUCUCACUCCGAAAACCGCUCAAAACGCCGCAAAUCAGCGACUACUGGCCGUCUGCUUCACGCAAGCCACGUAACAAUCAUCCUCUCCUUCACGAAGUCGGCAAGCAGGAAGCCGUGCAACACCUCUGAGGAAAUUCUCCACUAGCUCGACAACCCCCCUCCUGGCGGAAGACCGUUGUAGGCUUCACUAAUGGCGGCAGAUGGAGAUACCAGAAAACGGAAGAGGAGAGGAGGAAAAGGAAGGAGUCGCAAUAAAACAGAGAAAAAUACAAGAACCUCUCCUUUUUCUGCAACAUCUUCUUCUCCUAAGAAGAAUGUUAACCCUAUUAAAUCCUCCAACUUUCUGGACAAGCGGGAAUGAAGCACUGAAGUUUUUCAAGGACGACCCUUCAUUGUUCAAUAUGUAUCAUGUAGGAUAUCAAGAACAAAUGACACACUGGCCUGAGCUGCCAGUUAAUGUAAUUAUCAAAUGGCUAAAGGAUCGUACCCCAUCUCUUAUUGUGGCUGAUUUUGGUUGUGGGGAUGCACGCUUAGCAAAAAACGUAAAGAACAAAGUCUAUUCUAUUGAUCUUGUUUCCAGUGAUCCUUCCGUUAUUGCUUGUGAUAUGUCCAAAACACCCCUUGAAUCAUCAUCUGUAGAUGUUGCUGUAUUUUGCCUUUCACUGAUGGGAACUGAUUUUCCUAGUUAUCUUCAGGAAGCACAUCGAGUUCUAAAGUCAAGUGGCUGGCUCCUGAUAGCUGAAGUGAAGAGUAGGUUGGAUCCGAAUACUGGAGGAGCUGAUCCCAAUGAAUUCUCGAGAGCCAUAUGUGAACUAGGGUUUACUGUAGUAACAAAGGAUUUCUCCAAUAAGAUGUUCAUCCUAUUGCACUUUAAGAAAAAGGAGAAGCAACCCAGAGAUGUAAUUGAAAUUGAAUGGCCUGAGCUGAAGCCAUGUCUGUACAAGCGUCGGUGAGCAUUUGGGACAAAAGGUUGGUUCAUUGUUGACUGGUAUCUUCUAUGGCUCAAGGAGUACGAUGCAGCAAAUUGCCUGUGUAAACGCUUAGAAUAAGAUAGAGCACCUGUAUUAUUGUGGUGGCAUUCCUGAUAACCUUGAUGGGGAAUGAGACUAGUUUAUUUAAAACUAAAGAUUCUACAAGUGAGCAGGCAACAUCAACUGUAUCUGUACUAAGUAAUCCUCGUGUAAAUCUCUUGACCAUCACUUACUCAUGCUGUUGCUGGCUAGCAACUAGCUGUAGUGGUGCGCUUACUGAUAGCUGGGAAGGCCUUAUCGUCUCCCAUAUCUGUUGCUAGUCAUUGUGCCAUUAUUCCUGCCUCCAUAUGUGGUUCGAGAACUGUUGGUUUAACGCACCAGCUUGUACUGAUAAAUAGUUGCUCUUCUGUAAUAAAAAGUGUAUCUUGGCUUUC